AUAUAGGCAGGCAGAUAAGUGAAGAAAAUUGAGUAAAAACUUACCAUACCUAGGGGCAAUUUCAUUUUAUGCUAGAAUUGUAGUUAAACACCUUUAAAAACCAUCUGAAUAAGUUGGUGAGCAUAAAUGUUCUUGAGAAAGCUGACUAAUAACUUUUACUGACAGCAUUUGUUUUGUUUCAAGAAGCGCCAUGAGUUUGGAAUAAUUUUGCAGAAAGAAGUGACGCUUUGCUGUUUUGAUCAGCGGCAGUAGGCAUAUUUGAUAUAAACUACCUAGAUUUUAUAUGUUUACAGGGCAUGUUGCAUUGGUUGCAUGCUUUAAAAAUACGAUUUUUAAAGCCACUUGUCAAACUAAUUAUGUCUAGAAAACAAAAAAAAACACAGAGUUUGAAGUUGAGGUAAGUAUUUCACCGACAAAAACACAAAAAACUUUGCAUCAAAUGAAACAUUUAUCGGGUGCAUUCUUCAGUGCACGGAAGAGUCCACGUGAAUCGUCUAUGUGUUCUUUGAAACGUCUAAAAAAUCUAUCUACAAAGCUGCAAAGAAACGUGACGAUAAAACAGUUAUUGCCAUAAUCGAUUCUUUUGGCAAAGAUCUUUCCUCACCAUAGUACGGAUAUCAUCAAAAAUGUUAUGAAAAAUAUGCUCACGCAAAUUAAAAGUCAAAAGCCUACACGUGAGCGACAGCGAGAGUCAUCAAGAAAAACAGAUCAAAGAGGUAAGAUAUUUGCAGAUCGCGAGUGUUGUGUACGUGAAAGGAAAAAAAUAGCAAAACGUGGAAGUGGUUAUGAGCAAUUGGAAAAAUGUGAGACUGAGGAUGGUGCACGAUCUUUGCACAAUGCUGCUCUAUUAUUACAUUUUCCACAUUUGCAAACAGAGGUUGGGAAUUCAGAAUGGCAGACGAUAUUAGUAAAGAAAUAUUUUUACCACAGAUCGUGUUAUAGGGAAGUCUGCAAAAAGCGCAAGACAAAACCAGUGGCUUCAAGCAAUGCAGAAACCGUUUUUCAGGAGCUAUCUGCAGUCAUCGAAGAGAAGGUAAUCCUUGGAUGUGAAGUUUUGCGGAUGGUUUAUUUCACUAAAAAAUAUUUAGAAAUUGGAGAACGUUUAUUUGGUGCUGAACAUCACCUUAAUUCACCAAAAAUACAGAGACUUAAAGAUAAGAUCAAGAAAUUUUUUGGUUCAAAAGUUGGGUUUUGGUUUCUAAAGUACGGCAGUGAGUAUUUGUUUGAUAACAUUGUUGAAAAGGCGCAGUUAGUUGAAGUAUUGUUAAGGCAAAGUUAUUGAACUAUAAAUGGGACGACUUAU